AUGACAACUGCCGAGGCCCAAGGGCUUUCAGAUGGCUCAACUAUACCUGCCUUCAACAUUAACUCUAGCUCUUUGUCUGCUGCCUCUUGUCGUAUGAAGGAUAUGAUGGUGUCUAGCAAAUAUAGUUCUAAGCCAUUUUUGUUUGGUGCUGAUGGCAAAAUUCCAAACUUCAAUAGUUGCAAAGCUGAAGGCAUGUUGGACAGAUUUGAAGAGGAAAAGAGGAAAGCCAAAGAAAAAUAUGAAAGGGAAAUUCUCACUCAUGGAAUUCUACAAUUGCAGGAAUCUCUGGAAAAUAUCAGAGAGAAUUUGUUAAAUCGCAUUGAUGGAAGUAAUGACAUGACCAGAAAAGUUUUAGAGGAGAGAAUGGAUAUUUUUUCAAAAACAAUUGACGGCUAUUUAAACAAAGUGAGAGAGGGUAUAACAUGCCAGUUUGAGACUCUGCAGAGCCAAACACAAAUAGGGAUGGAUGACAGGGAAGGAAAGAUCAGUAUGGCUGCAAAAGAUUUGGGCUCGAACAUGCUUAAUCUCAAGCAGUCUCUGGAGCAACUGAAAGCAGAGCAGAGCAAAGAACAGGGCAUGCUGGGAGAGAUUCUGUCCCAGCUUGGCACAUUGAUUGCCUUUCAAAAUCCGAUAGCAGGACCUAGUUCUGCCAGAAUGAUAGACAGUGAAGUCCAGACAUCCCCUGGACUAUUAGAGAGGUUCUGUGUCAUGUCAGCUAAAAAGCAUUAUCAGAGCAUAAUGCUAUGCAACAGGCCUGUCAUUUAUUCAAGGAAAGCAGCUGAACAGAACCUGUGUCCUCUUAAAACAUCAAAGACACAAAUCAGAAAUGCACACAUCCUGCCAGCACAAAUACAGCAGCAGCUCAAGCAAACAGAGGUCACAGAGGAGUUUUCACCUGGUCCCUCGCAGAGAUUAUGGUGCACACAGUUGGUUGCGACCAGACCUUCAAGCCCACUUGUUGAUGCUACAUCCAAUGCAUCCAUAGAGGAAAAUGGAAGGGAGUAUGUAGAUAGACUGUUUGUGCAUAUGGAACCAGAAAAACCAUUGUACGUGAGAGAGAACAGAUUGGGCACAUACACUGAGACGUUGUCACCACCGAAAGUCCUCAGGAGAUGCCAAAAUACCCCGAAUUUCAGGGGGAAAAAGAGACCUUUGGUUCUCCCUCAAAGACAAGCAGUGAGAAAGAAAGGGACUGUAAAGAUCUCCAAGGACAGCCAGGAGGAAGACAUUCAAAGUGAACAAAAAGACAGAGUGCCUCUUUCUUCUCUUUGUGAACACUGGAAAAUGAACAGCAAAUCUGUUGAAGAUGAUCACUUAAGAUCUCAGCAGCAAGCCAGUGUUGCACCAGUUAGCAGGUGUGUAGCUGAAGAACCUCUAAACCCCUUCAGUAUGUGGUCCCAGGACACAAACAGCUCCCAAAUGGUUGUGGAAUACAAGACGAGUGAGUGGGAAGAAGUGGUGCCUAAACCCAAAGGCAAUGUCAUAGAAGAAGGUGGCCUCUGGCAGCUGUUUGACUUUAAUAAUGAUUCAGAAUAAGAUGCAAUAUACUUCUAUGUAUGUUGAGUAUACAGAAAUUUGAGAAAUUGUAUAAAGUAUGUUUUAUGUUUAGUUUCCUUAAGCAUCACAGUGGAUUAAGCUUUGUAAGUGAAACCUAGAAUUUGCAUGUGAACAGGUGAACUUUGUUCUGUAUUUACUUUGCCUGCUGUAGACAUUGUCUGUUCUUCUCCUGUUACUGUGCACUGUGAAUUAUUUUAUAAAGACAUUAAUUGACACUUUAGGUUAUUAUGAAAAUAUGUUAUAGCAACUAAAAGUAUUCUUUU